GCCGACCCUUAAAUUCGAUGCGCACCGAAACAGAAUCGGACCGAUGACUUCGGUGGAAACCGCGGACCUACGCCGCGCUAGAUGCGAAUUAAUACCUCGGUGGAAACUAGACCACUGACGUGAACUUGCGCAAUAUAACAGCCAAUCAAAUUUAGGUACAGUUUACCUCGUCGCAUCGUCCCUCAGUGGCUUCACUCCCCUCGCCUAAACCACGAAUUUAUGCUCGGUCUCUAUUUUUCUAUUCGUGGUUAUAUUGUCGUUUAGGAAUCACAUGUAUUAUUGUUAAGCAUGGCGGUUAUUUCUAAUGUCCAAGAUGUUCGUGAAAUUACUAAAAUAGAGCGUAUUGGUGCUCAUUCUCACAUUAGAGGUUUAGGACUAAAUGAUAGUUUAGAGCCUCGUAAUGUAUCCCAAGGUAUGGUUGGCCAGCUUAUGGCACGUCGGGCUGCUGGUGUUAUUCUAGAGAUGAUAAAAGAUGGCAAAAUAGCAGGUCGUGCGGUUUUGUUAGCUGGACAACCUGGCACAGGAAAAACAGCUAUUGCUAUGGGAAUGGCACAAGCCCUAGGCAUAGAUACCCCUUUCACAUCAAUGGCUGGUUCUGAAAUUUAUUCUUUAGAAAUGAGUAAAACAGAAGCUUUAACUCAGGCCAUUAGAAAAUCUAUCGGAGUCAGAAUCAAAGAAGAGACAGAAAUUAUAGAAGGUGAAGUUGUAGAGAUCCAAGUCGAUAGGCCAGCAACUGGGGUUGGAGUAAAAGUUGGCAAAUUAACAUUAAAAACAACUGAGAUGGAAACAAUAUAUGAUUUAGGAAAUAAAAUGAUUGAUUGCUUAAUGAAAGAAAAAGUACAAGCUGGCGAUGUUAUAACAAUCGAUAAAGCAACAGGGAAGAUCAAUAGACUUGGACGUUCCUUUACUAGAGCUCGAGAUUAUGACGCAACUGGUUCACAAACGCGUUUCGUACAAUGUCCCGAAGGUGAAUUGCAAAAGCGCAAGGAAGUUGUUCACACAGUGACUUUACAUGAAAUUGAUGUAAUAAAUAGCAGAACUCACGGAUUCUUAGCGCUGUUCUCCGGAGAUACUGGAGAGAUUAAAUCAGAAGUACGAGAUCAAAUAAACGCUAAAGUUGCCGAAUGGCGGGAGGAAGGUAAGGCAGAAAUCGUGCCAGGUGUAUUGUUUGUCGAUGAGGUACAUAUGUUGGAUAUCGAGUGUUUUUCGUUUCUUAAUCGAGCAUUGGAGAAUGAAAUGGCUCCAGUUGUGAUCAUGGCAACAAACAGAGGUAUUACGAGAAUCAGAGGCACAAAUUAUAAGAGUCCUCAUGGUAUUCCGAUUGAUUUAUUGGAUCGUAUGAUUAUUGUUCCAACAAGCCCAUAUCAAGAGAAAGAACUGAAGGAAAUUUUGAAAAUAAGAUGCGAGGAAGAAGAUUGUGAAAUGGCUGAUGAUGCCUUGACAGUGUUAACGAGGAUCGCUUUGGAAACGUCACUAAGAUACGCGAUACAAUUAAUUACGACAGCUUCUCUAGUUAGUCGCCGAAGAAAGACUACAGAAGUCAGUAUUGAAGACGUAAAACGUGUCUAUUCUUUAUUUAUUGAUGAAAAUAGAUCUACGCAAUUUCUCAAAGAAUAUCAAGAUGAUUUUAUGUUCAAUGAAUUCUCUGUUUUAACUGGGGAAAAUAUGGAUGUUUCUCCAUAGAGAUAUUAAAAAAGUACAUAAAUCGAAUUUUUUUACUAAGUUCUAUAUAUUUUGCAAUAUUCAUUGACAUUUAUAAUUACAAAGAUUAAUAAUAACAAGAAUUUUUAUUAAAUAUAAAAAUAAUUGAAACAUCUCUUAAUACUAUUUCUCUAUGAUACUUAUUAGCGCAAGUAUUAUUCUUAUAUGUUAAUUAUAUAUUAACAAGAAAUUUAUCAAAAAUAAAUGUUUUGCAUUAUUUUUUCUAUCUCUUAAUAAAUAAAUUUAAAUAUAUGUUUUACAAUUUACAAUUUUAGUAAAGUGGAUGUAACAUUUCCACGUAUACUUAGAUAUAUAAAACCACUUAUAAUAAUAUAUAAUACCACUUAUUAGUUUUGAUUUAACAUCUUGUGGAUAAUAAUACAUUUUUGAUAAUAAAGGUAUAAUUAA